AUGCUUUUCCGGUCAAAAGCGUGGGACAAAAAAAUACGGCCCGAGAGUUGGGAAAAGCCUGUCCUUUUGACUCUUUGGAAUCAAUUUGAAACGGAAGAUGAUGUUGGUCAACACUUGGCCAAUACAGUACUAGCUGGGAACAUCAUUUUGUCCAUGAGGAUAAGGGUUACGACGUUCAAUGGGCUGUCGUUAUCAACUAAAACUGGAACUUGCUUAAUGAUAAAUCCACCAAUAGUAGCUGCUGACAGAUUGAAGCAAUGGUACGCUGACAACAAAGCAACUGUUAUGAAGCUUGUGGAGGAAGGCAUGUAUAAGGACACAGACAAGUUGUUUCCAUACCCAUCUUCCAGUGAGAUAGUCACCGUUCAACGCGCAAUUGCUUCCAUCAGAUACACUAAAACUUGUUGGGUUGCUGGCUAUCUGAAAUAUUUGGGAGACAACAGAUCUUUGUGGACAGCUACUUGCAAUAAUUGUCGCAAAAAUUAUAAUGUGCCUCCAAAUACGCCUGUCAAAUGUCGAAGUUGCAAAGAAGAUACCCUUGUUGAAGCAAGGUGCCGGUUACCGAUUGCAAUUGAAGAUGAGACAGGAAACAUACAUGCAAUGUUGUAUGAUUCAGAUGCUGAACAAGUGAUUCCAUUUAAUGGGACCGACUUAUAUCAAGCUGAACAACAGAAAGUGGAUUUGACUGCUCAGAUUGCAGCAGCAAUGAGCGGACGUCGUGUGGUUUGCUUCAUCAAACACUAUGAAUCAACUCACCAUACUGUCCUGAAGCUCUAUACAAUUGAUGGCGUGCGAACAGACAAAAAUCUGCUUCAGCCUAGAGAGCUAGCAAAGGAAGAGUCAGACUCAGCUUCAACCAAGAUAACGGACAAAGAACUCUUCAGUCCAACACUAAAAAAUGUUCUUGACUCCCUCACUCCAGCACGUGAAAAGCCUACAACAAUUGUAGGUUCGGGAUCCACGGCAAAAAAACGCAUCACCUUUGACAGUCAUCAAUCCUCCACCUCAGGAACCACUAUCCCAUCCACCAACAUUCCUGAAUCAUCCGCCCAGCAAACUCAGCAACCCAGUAAGAUAUGUGAUGCAAGUCCGACAAAGAAAAGUCGGCCAAAAAUGGAUUAGCUCCUGUAUGAUUGCAUAUUACCACUUUUGGGGAACACAGAUUCUAUGGACUGUAUCUUUUGUAUCUUGUAUCUAUAUUGCCAACUGUUACAGCAAUCUAUUCGCAUAUAGAUGUAGCUGCAUUUUGUACCUUCUUCAUGGCAUAUAUGCCGAACAAACUAAACUUUUGUGUUUAGCAAUUGUAUUGCCUAGAAUUGUAAGCAUCUGUUUACAUAUAGAUGCUUUUUAAUUCUACUGCAAACUUGAUGCUCAUUAUUCUUAUUUUGAUGAUUAUAUGUUAUGUAUUAGUGUUUCGCUAAAGUAAUAGUAGUUCCUUUAUUCUGCUUACCUGUACACAUAUUCAUGAACAUCAAAUUUUUAUCUUCCUUGGGCCGGCUGUGCAUUG